AUGACGGCUUAUGACGGAGCUGAAAACCCACGAGAGCAUGUCCUCAACAACAAGACUUUCAUGAAGCUGCAGACUCUGUCAGAUGCCUUGAUGUGCAAGGCAUUCCCGAUGAUGCUCUCGGGGCCAGCGAGGGCAUGGUUUAAUAACCUUGAGGCUGGAAGUAUCAGUAGUUUUGGAGAUAUGGCCACUCGCUUCAUCAGCCGAUUUAUUGCCGGGGUGCCUGCGGAUAGAAAGACAAGCUACCUGGAAACAAUCAAGCAGAGAAGAGACGAAUCGCUCAGGGAGUACGUCGCUCGUUUCAAUACGGAGGCUCUGCAAAUUCCCGAGCUUGAUGAGGGAAGGGCGGUGGAGGCCAUGCAGAAGGAAACGACCUCUGCUGAGUUCUUCGGCUCACUAAGCAGGAAGCCUCCGACCUCACUAGCCGAGCUGAUGCAGAGGGCUGAAAAGUAUAUAAGGCAGGAUGAUGCCUUAGUGACAAGCAGAUUCGCCAAGGGAGCGGUAGGUAAGGAGACAGCCCCGGAGGAAAGGAGGCCAGAGAAGCAUGAGAGGAAACAUGGCAAAAGGCCUGAGCCUUACAGACAGCCCUGGGAACGAAGGGACCAAAGACCUCUCCCUCCUCGGGUCGCAGAACAAAGGCCACUCCCUCCGUGGGUCCCAGAAAAGCCGACUCCACUUAACGCUUCUAGAGCCGAAGUACUCAUGGCCGUCCAAGAUAAAGAAUUCGUAGAGUGGCCCAGACCCCUGAGAACAGAAGCCGACUAG